UUUCUCGCCGGGCCACGGGCCCCGCAUCAGGUGGGUCAAGUGGGAGAGUGAAAGAGGUAUGUAUCUUGCUGCGUAUCGGCCGCCAGUAACGACUUCGCAUGUCCUCUUUUGCCUCCCGUUCCCUUGGACAGUUGGGAUCGAUCUAGGCCGACCAACCAUCCUCUGCGGUCGUCCCCUGCGUUGCGGUGGUCGGCGGUGGAUCCUGCUUCCAGACUCUUUCAGUCGCUGUGCCACUUUCCAGCUUCAGAAAGGUCUUGGGCUGGGCUGGAAAGGCGGGUAAGACGAAGCUGGCAGCUGCAUCCAAGCUUAGCCAGCGGCCACCUCCCCAGAGUCAGAACCCAUGCUGUUGUCCCAGGUACACCCUGAGGAUUUGGAUGCAGAGGCAAGUAAGCCAGGUGUUUGUUUGUACCAUCGGGGGCCGUCAGAGUGAUGAAGCGACUCGUAAACUACCAAGUAAUAGGUGUGAGGGGUGCGGUGAGAGUCGUGCAUGACGGGCCGGGAUCUAUCAGUGCCAGUCGAGAAGAGAGGGAGGGACCCUGUUUCGCCGACCUGGAUGGGAGGGGGAGGGGCAUGGCGGUGAUGGAGGGUGUGAGGGCCGUUUUGUAUAUCCGGCCCAGAGCGCGUUUUAAGCUUCUGUUGUUGCUUCCCGUACGUACCGUACCGUACCUGUACCCUUCGG